ACAUUUUUGGGUGCGUCAUUUUCUGUUUGGGUUGGUUUAACAAGAUGAGCCGAUAGUGUUCCCAGGCCGCCUGGAGUUACGUAACCCAUUGUGCUUCCAGGGCAGCUCACAAUCUUAGGAUUUGCCCUAACAAGCAAGCUCAGAAAACUGCAGAGGAGGGCACAAGAGGGUGGCUGUGCGGGGUACUGCCCAGGCUGGGCUCUUGUGGAGGACUUCUUUCUUCUCUGAAGUGCUUUUGGAGUUUAUGUGUGCACAUGGCAUUGGUUUUUCAAUUCGGCCAGCCCGUCAGGGCCCAGCCUCUGCCAGGACUCUGCCAAGGCAAGCUUAUUCGGACAAACUUAUGUGAUGUGUGCAACAGCACCGAUCUUCCGGAAGUUGAGAUCAUUAGCCUCCUGGAGGAGCAGCUGCCCCAUUAUAAGUUAAGAGCCGACACCAUCUACGGUUAUGACCACGACGACUGGCUUCAUACACCUCUCAUUUCUCCAGAUGCCAACAUUGACCUUACAACUGAGCAAAUUGAAGAGACGCUGAAAUACUUUCUUUUAUGUGCUGAAAGAGUUGGCCAGAUGACUAAGACAUAUAAUGACAUAGAUGCUGUUACUCGGCUUCUUGAGGAGAAAGAGCGAGAUUUAGAAUUGGCUGCUCGCAUCGGCCAGUCGUUGUUGAAGAAGAACAAGACACUAACUGAGAGGAACGAGCUGCUGGAGGAGCAAGUGGAACACAUCAGGGAGGAGGUGUCUCAGCUCCGGCAUGAGCUGUCCAUGAAGGAUGAGCUGCUUCAGUUCUACACCAGUGCUGCGGAGGAGAGUGAACCCGAGUCCAUUUGUUCAACCCCGUUGAAGAGGAAUGAGUCAUCCUCCUCAGUCCAGAAUUACUUUCAUUUGGAUUCUCUUCAAAAGAAGCUGAAAGACCUUGAAGAGGAGAAUGUUGUACUUCGAUCCGAGGCCUGCCAGCUGAAGACAGAGACCAUCACCUAUGAGGAGAAGGAACAGCAACUUGUCAACGACUGCGUGAAGGAGCUGAGGGAUGCCAAUGUCCAGAUUGCUAGUAUCUCAGAGGAACUGGCCAAGAAGACUGAAGAUGCUGCCCGCCAGCAAGAAGAAAUCACACACCUGCUGUCGCAAAUAGUUGAUUUGCAGAAAAAGGCAAAAGCUUGCGCAGUGGAAAAUGAAGAACUCGUCCAGCACUUGGGGGCUGCUAAAGAUGCCCAGCGGCAGCUCACAGCCGAGUUGCGUGAGCUGGAGGACAAGUACGCAGAGUGCAUGGAGAUGCUUCACGAGGCACAGGAGGAGUUGAAGAACCUCCGGAACAAAACCAUGCCUAACACCACGUCCCGGCGCUACCACUCUCUGGGCCUGUUUCCCAUGGACUCCUUGGCAGCGGAGAUCGAGGGAACGAUGCGCAAGGAGCUGCAGUUGGAAGAGCCUGAGUCUCCAGACAUCACGCACCAGAAGCGUGUCUUUGAGACGGUGAGAAACAUCAACCAGGUGGUCAAGCAGAGGUCUCUGACCCCUUCCCCCAUGAACAUCCCUGGUUCCAACCAGUCCUCGGCCAUGAACUCCCUCCUGUCCAGCUGCGUCAGCACCCCCCGGUCCAGCUUCUACGGCAGCGACGUUGGGAAUGUUGUCCUCGACAACAAGACCAACAGCAUCAUCCUAGAAGCAGAAGCAGCUGACCUGGGGAACCACGAGCGGAGUAAGAAGCCGGGGACGCCGGGCACCCCGGGCACCCACGACUUGGAGACGGCGCUGAGGCGGCUGUCCCUCCGCCGGGAGAACUACCUCUCCGAGAGGCGGUUCUUCGAGGAGGAGCAGGAGAGGAAGCUCCGGGAGCUGGCGGAGAAGGGCGAGCUGCGCAGCGGCUCCCUCACGCCCACCGAGAGCAUCAUGUCCCUGGGCACGCACUCCCGCUUCUCCGAGUUCACCGGCUUCUCCGGCAUGUCCUUCAGCAGUCGUUCCUACCUGCCCGAGAAGCUGCAGAUCGUGAAGCCGCUGGAAGGUUCUGCCACCCUUCAUCACUGGCAGCAAUUGGCCCAGCCUCACCUUGGGGGGAUCCUGGACCCCCGGCCUGGUGUGGUCACCAAGGGCUUCCGAACACUGGAUGUUGACCUGGACGAAGUGUACUGCCUUAAUGACUUUGAAGAAGAUGACACAGGUGACCACAUUUCUCUCCCGGGCCUAGCUACCUCCACACCAGUUCAGCACCCAGAGACCUCAGCACACCAUCCUGGGAAGUGCAUGUCACAGACCAACUCCACGUUCACCUUCACCACCUGUCGCAUCCUGCAUCCUUCAGAUGAGCUCACUCGGGUCACACCAAGGUCAUGUGAGGAAGACGACGAAGCAGCCAAAUGCCCUGUUGAGCUGAGAGGAGAUGUAGGGCAGAGAGUCUGAACCCACAGGCGAGGCAGGGGCCUUAACUCAGCCCCUACUCCAGCUUGUGGCAGUGCCAGCCACUUGAAAUCCACACCGGUGGCCACACCAUGCACUCCCCGGAGACUGAGCCUGGCUGAAUCCUUCACUAACAUCCGUGAGUCCACGACCACCAUGAGCACAUCCCUGGGGCUCGUGUGGCUGUUGAAGGAGCGGGGCAUUUCUGCAGCCGUGUAUGACCCCCAGAGCUGGGACAGGGCCGGUCGGGGCUCCCUCCUUCACUCCUACACUCCCAAGAUGGCUGUGAUCCCCUCCACCCCGCCGAACUCGCCUAUGCAGACGCCCACGUCCUCUCCUCCUUCCUUUGAGUUCAAGUGCACGAGCCCUCCUUAUGACAACUUCCUGGCUUCCAAGCCAGCCAGCUCCAUCCUGAGGGAAGUGAGGGAAAAGAAGAAUGUCCGCAGCAGUGAGAGCCAGACGGACGUGUCCGUCUCCAACCUCAACCUUGUGGACAAGGUCAGGAGGUUUGGAGUGGCCAAAGUGGUGAACUCAGGGCGAGCCCCUAUCCCCACCUUGACUGAGGAGCAGGGACCUCUUCUCUGUGGGCCCCCGGGGCCAGCACAAGCCCUUGUCCCUGGAGGCCUGGUACCCGAGGGCCUGCCUCUUGGAUGCCCCACUGUCACCAGUGCCAUCGGAGGGUUGCAGCUCAACAGUGGCAUCCGACGGAAUCGUAGCUUCCCCACCAUGGUGGGGUCUAGCAUGCAGAUGAAAGCUCCCGUGACUCUCACUUCGGGCAUCUUGAUGGGUGCUAAGCUCCCCAAACAAACUAGCUUACGGUGAGGUUGGGAGGGGGCCCGUCACCCUGGAGGAGACCAACGUUCUGCCAUCUUGCUCUCCACCUCCCUCUCUUCUCCCUGCAGUGCACUCUCUUCCUCUUCCCUUCUCUGUCUAUUCCCUCCUGAGCUAGACAAAUCAACCUCGUGCCUAACGGAGGAAGAGUGGAAACUUUGUAAAAUGUGUACAUAGGACUUGAAGACCUUGUAUCCGCCCUGUUCUUUUCAUCGGAUCCCACAGGAUGUGCCCCUGCACUGUCACCACUCUCAUGAGGACUUCACUUGUGCUAGCCUGGGGCAAGGUGGUGUCCUUUUCUUCUUUCCAUUUGAGAAGCACUGAAACUCCCCAAUGUGUUCUUAUCCCAUGGAUAGGAAACCAGUGAAUGCUGUGGCUGGCUGCCUGUGUUGCACACCACGAGCUGUCCCACAGCACGGGUCGUAACACAUCUGGCUAUCAUCGGACACCUCGCCUCACCCACCCAGUAAGAGCGUCAGGAGCCUCUAUCCUCAGCUACAUGCGGCUGACGUAGCUUACAUGAUCGAAGAGCUUUUCUUUCUUUUAUGGGUGGCCCAGCUUCUUCAUCACAGACCUUCACUACUCUGCCUCAGUGGACGGUUUCUUUUCUGAGGCAUGAGCUUUUCUUUUCAUGCCUUCAACUUGAAGUCAUCCUGUGUUUUGUAAUCAGCUGUCAGGCCAAAUGUCUGACCCGAAAGAGAAUGUAUUUACACUCCUGCUGCAUUGCUCAGCAGCCCCUCCGUGUUCUGUGUGAUUUGUUUUAUUUUUCCAUUUUUUUAUAUGCAGGGAAGUAAUGGUUCUGGUAGUGUAUGUUCUCUGUGUGGUUCUAUGACACCGAAAUAUGAACUUACAACACGCCAAGCUGCAAAUGAGACAGCAGCUUAUUUCGGGGACCCAGUGUCACAACUAAAUUAAGACCCAAGACAACUUUAGCAAUAGGAUGAAAAGGAAAGAGGAUGGGGGAAAGGCUUAUGUAAGAAAUUUGCCAACAGUAAAAGCAAAGGGGAAGAACCACAGGCAAACGUAAGAUCAAACUGACUCAAGGGAGAAAGGAGGCUUUGGCCUUCUGGGGCUCCUGUCCUUACUCUGAAACUUGAGGCUGGUCGCUGUGCUUUCCCUGUGCUGCCUUCUAUUGCAGCCAUUCAGUCUCCACACGUUUUGCCCUCUUGUUUCAGCACAAUUAAUGUCACAACAAAACAGUUUCUUCCCUCCAAAGUCCUCUGUCUCCUUGUGCCACUUUUUGUCCUUAGAAAAAAAUAGAGGUGCUUGUGAAAAGAACCGUGAAUGGGACAAGGGAGCCUGGUUCUGUUGCUGUCCCCGAUUAAGUUUUUAAACUUAUUUAUUAUUCAUGUGUGCCGUAUUUUAAACAUACAUCCUCUCUCCUUCCAGCUCCAGUCGUAGUGUGUCUGUGGCAUUCCAAUCCAAGCAGAUUAUUUAUUUAUCCUAAUCUGAGGACUGCACUGUGCAUCAUAAUGUCCUGUGACCACUUGCUCCAGGCAUUUAUGGAAGGGAAAUAUCCUAUGUAAAUGAAAUUGUCAUUUUGUGUCCCCUACCCCCCCAGCAGAUGUGUCCUUCACUUGAGUGAGGGUAACUUUAUGUCCACUGAGGAUACUUUGAGAAAGUCCCCAGGGAGCAAGCUUCAGUCCCACGAUUUCAGACAAUUUAUUCUCUGAACACAAGAGUGUUGGGUACUUAUAUUCUCAAAUCUCCUUGCUGUUGUAUGUGUGCACUCACUGCAAGUAACCUAUCUUUUUAUUUGAAUGUAUUUUCAAGCAGUAGGUAGAAUAACAAAGGAAUAUGAAAACCAAGGACUGAAUGGACCACUUUAUGUAUUCAGAGAGAGGAGCCACCCAUCAUUGCCAGAAAUACCAUGUAAAAAUCAGCAAUUUGGAGGUUGCAGUAUUUAGUAUAGUAAGUAAAUAAAUGAUCAACAUUGUGCAACCACUACCAAAAAGUGUGUUAUGAUGCAUCAAAAAUCAACAAUAAAAUGUUAUUCGCUAAUGAGUAUCAAUAAAAUAAGUUCAGAUGAUGGAAACCACA